AUGCCUCAUGUACGAGAGAAACAGCACAAAUUGACUGGCAAAGAGCUGCCAUACCACGUUAUCAACGAAAUGCCGAUGUUUCAGACUAACCACGUUAUUGGUGGUCGUUAUCAGAUUUUCGAACGGAUCGGAUGGGACGAUCGGGUGGGAGCAACUUACUUGGCAACUGCUCCUGAUGGUAAAGAACUAGUUUUACGAGUGGGAAACGAUCAAAUACUUAUUCCUCAACUCGAAGCAUCAUUUCUGUGUAAGAUAGAGCAGGAAAACUUAUGGCGCUUCUUCUCGCAAGUGCAUUCCAUCUAUCACGAUGAAGAUUUCUACUAUCUCGCUUUAUACUUCCGAAGUGGACCAGUACUCAACCAGUGCUUGGAGUAUUCCGGAAAGAAGUUCACUCACGGCUCCGGUGGCCGUUUAGCUCUCGAUGUACUACAGAUCAUACGUGCAACUCACAACUUGGGCUACCUCGUGCGUUCACUCAACUUGGAGAUGUUUCACUUUGAUGCUUGCUCUCGCCAUCUCUUCAUGGCCGACUUAUCGACUAUACGGAAAGACACAUCCAAAAUCGACACUCACAACCAUGAACUGGUAAUGCCUCAUUGGUGUGGCGGCCUCAUAUUCGCGCCGAUGACAUUCCACGACGACGAUCCGAUUUGCUGUCGAGAUGAACUCGAAGCUUGGCUCUACUUCUUCGUUUAUCUCGUCAAAGGCACACUGCCAUGGGAAUGCGAUCGGGCCGUAGAUGUCAAAUGGACAAAGAUCAAGUCGAUUAACUGCGGUGAACUGUUCGAAGGAUUACCACAUCAAUACAAGAAAAUCUUCGACACCAUUACACGGGAGGGUGCAACGGAUCCAGUGUCGAACGCCGAGUACGACCGACUAGAAGAACUGACUAAAGAGAUCAUUCACGAUGUGGGCGGCAUAAAAGACGAUGAUGACAACUUCGACUUUGAGCGUGACCCAACAGAAGAUGAAAUACCGAGGUUUGUUGUGGAGCGAAAACCAACUACACUUGAGGAGCAAUCCGGUGAAGCUCGUACACAAUCAAGCAAUUCCGAUGAAGAUUUCACGGCAUUAUCUUAUGAAGACUAG